AGCUCGGUGAAAACGGGUACAGCCAAUGAAACUCAACAAGACGACUUUGAAGCUGGUACGACUCUGGUGGGGGCGGGAUGGAGAGAGAGGGGAUGCAAGGGAUACGAAGUUAGUGAAAUCAAUAUUCAUACCACCAGGUUGUAAGCUGCCCAAGCAAAAUAUAAGAUGCUGUUUCUCCAAUUUGCGUUUGGCCUCACUCUGACAAUGGAGGUGCCCAGGACAGAAAGGUCAGUGUGGGAAUAGGAAGGGGAAUUAAAGUGUUUGGCAUCCAGGAGAUCAGGUAUGUCCCAGGCGAAGGUGUUCAGCGAAACGAUUGCCUUGUCUAUCUCGUCAAUGCACAAGAGUCCCUUAACACAUUUGUUUGACCAUUCUUUUUUGUAGCUAUUUUGUGAGGUGAGAGAGAAAGUUGAUGAAGGGAAUGCAAUCAGUGUCAUCUACAUGCAUUUUCAGAGAGCAUUGGACAAAAUCCCGUAUAAAACUUUGAUUAGUAAAAUUAAAGGAUAAGGGAUAAAAUAAUCAGUGGUAACAUGGAUAAGAAAUUGGCUGAGUACAGUGCUGCGAGAGUCAUAAUAAACAGUUGUUUCUCAGACUGGCAGAUACUUCCCCAGGAAUCAGUACUGGGACCACUGUGUUUUCCUGAUGUAUAUAAAUGAAUUGGAUAUUAAUGUGAAGGAGAGAACUUCAAAAUUUGCAAAUGACACACAACAUGGAAGUGCAGUCAUCAGUGAGGAGAAUAGCUACAGAUAUAAGCAGGAUACAGAAUAGUAGGAUAUCGACAGCCUGGCAGAAUGUAUCGAUGUGAUAAUAGAAUAAAACAGAAUGUGUGAAAGGAUACAUUUUGGCAGAAAACAAUGAAGAGCGGCAACAGGCGAAAUGACACUGAUCUACGAGACGUGCAGGGACAAGUGUACCGGAGUAUAUAUCUACAUAAAUAAUUGAAAGUACUUGGACAUAUUGAGAGUGCAGUUUGUAAAACAUUUAGGAUUCUGGACUUCAUAAUGAGAAGCAGAGUUCAAAAUUAGGGAGGCUAUUUUUGAACUGUCAAUCCAGCUUCUUUAUAUAGUCAUUCGGUAAUCUCUCCCCAUCACUGCCGUUGUCUCCCUGUAGCUCAGAUUCCGUUAUGGAUUGUGUGGGAAGGAACUGCAGAUGCUGGUUUAAACUGAAGAUAGACACAAAAUGCUGGAGUAACUCAACGGGGCAGGCAGCAUCUCUGGAGAGAAGGAAUGGGUGACUUUUCGGGUCGAGACCCUUCUUAAUCCAUUGUGGAUUAUUUGAUUUGUAAUAAAUAUAGUUCUUUCUUUGUGAUUAUAGCUAAUUGGUCUGUGUGAUUUUCUUGGAAAAAAUAUAUAAGCAUCAUUGUUUCUUUCAUGCAGACAUACAUCGGCAGCAUCCUCCUUUCUGUGAAUCCAUAUAAAAUGUACAACAUUUACGGGACUGACACCGUGCUGAAAUAUAAAGGAAAAUCAUUUAUGGAUAACCCACCCCACCUCUUUGCCAUUGCUAACGUGGCCUACUCAAAAAUGGUUGAUGCCAAACACAAUCAGUGCAUUAUUAUCAGUGGUGAAAGCGGUUCAGGCAAGACUGAAGCCACCAAACUGAUUCUCCGCUAUCUGGCUGCUGUGCACCACAGACACAAAGACAGUGUGACCCACCAGAUUCUUGAAGCCACCCCCCUUCUGGAAUCAUUUGGAAAUGCCAAAACUGUACGAAAUGAUAAUUCCAGUAGGUUUGGGAAAUACAUUGAAAUUUUUUUGCAGGACGGGGUGAUAUGCGGUGCCAUAACCUCACAGUAUCUUCUUGAAAAGUCGAGGAUUGUGUUUCAGGCCAAAAAUGAACGAAAUUACCAUAUUUUCUAUGAGAUGCUGGCAGGACUCUCGAGUCAGCAGAAGCAAAGGUUCUACCUACAGGAGGCUGAGACAUAUUACUACCUGAAUCAGGGUGGAAAUUGUGAAAUUUGGGGGAAGGAUGAUGGGGAGGACUUUCUCAGGCUGCUCAGCUCAAUGGAGGUGCUUGGUUUUAGCCCAGACGAGCAGAACACCAUCUUCCGUAUUCUCUCUUCAGUUCUUCACCUGGGGAACGUCUACUUUGAGAAAUAUGAGACCGAUUCGCAAGAGGUGGCAUCAGUAGUGAGUGCGCAUGAGAUCCGAGUGGUGGCUGAGUUAUUACAGGUCUCUCCUGAGGGUUUGCAAAAAUCUAUCACAUAUAAAGCGACGGAAACCAUGAGGGAAAAGAUUUUCACCCCUCUUACAGUGGAAAGUGCCGUUGAUGCCAGAGAUGCUGUUGCCAAGAUCCUUUACUCUCUGAUCUUCAACUGGCUGACUGACAGGAUAAACAGAUUGGUUUCCCCAAAGGCAGAAACAAUGUCUAUAGCCAUCUUAGAUAUUUAUGGAUUUGAGGAUUUGUCUAUAAACAGUUUUGAACAGCUGUGCAUUAAUUAUGCUAAUGAGUACCUACAAUACUUUUUCAAUAAGAUCAUCUUCAAACUGGAGCAGGAGGAAUAUAUCAAAGAACAGAUUGACUGGAAACAAAUUACUUUCAGCGACAACCAACCCUGCCUUGAUCUUAUUUCACAGAAGCCUUAUGGGAUCCUCAGGAUAUUGGACGAUCAAAGCUCUUUCCCGCAGGCAACUGACCAUACCUUCCUGCAAAAAUGUCACUACCACCAUGGCAGCAAUCCUCUGUACUCAAAGCCAAAGAUGCCUCUGCCUGAAUUUACCAUCAAACAUUAUGCUGGGAAAGUGACUUACCAGGUCCACAAAUUUGUUGAGAAAAAUCAUGAUCAAGUUCGACAAGACGUCAUAGAAUUGUUUGUGAACAGCAAAAUAAAGAUUCUGACCAGUCUAUUCAUGGGGCAAACCAUGAAGAUGAUGUCAAAUAAGAACAGUACCAUCAGCCGUAGGUAUGCUCCCACUGUGGCAGCCAAAUUCCAACAGUCUCUGAUGGAACUGGUGGAGAAGAUGGAAAGCUGCAAUCCUUUCUUUGUUCGCUGCAUCAAGCCAAAUAACAAAAAGGAGCCUGAACUCUUUGAGGUUGAUGUUGUCAGCUCACAGUUGCGGUAUUCUGGGAUUCUAGAGACCAUCCGGAUUCGUAAGGAGGGCUAUCCUGUGAGGAUCACCUUUGAUAAUUUCAUCAAGAGAUACAAAAUCUUAUUGGGACUUACAAAUCAAAUAAAGGCAGAUGGUGAAAACUGCAUUGCCAUUUUGAAACAGAUUGUUCCUGUCAGCAGAGGAACGUACAGCAUAGGACUUACCAAGCUUUUCAUCAAGGAGAAUUUGUACCACACUCUAGACAGUAAACGAGAUGGCCUGAUGCUCAUGGCCUCUCUCACUCUGCAACGAUAUGCUCGUGGAUUCUUUGCCAGGAAACGUUAUACAAAGCUCCGGAGAACAACCAUUCUGCUGCAGGCUGCGGCUAGAGGCUACAUUACCAGGAAAAAAUUCCAAAAGUAUAAGCAAAGCUUGAUUAAAGUCCGAUCCGUUGUUCUCAUGUUUACAAAUCGUAGGAGAUUCCUCAGGAUCCGAGAACAAAAUCGGGAGCGGAUUGAGAUGGAACAAACAAUGAGAGAGGUGGUGAAUGUUGCUCAUCUGGAUAUUCCAGCAGAGUUGGCUGCCUUACUCCAAGCUGCAGCAGUUGGGAAAGAAACCCAAGCAGAUUGCAUUAUCGAGACAGAAAUUCCAAAAGUGCUUUCAGAGCAACAACUAUCAAUGCCUCUUGAUAUCAACAACUACCCUUUCUCCAGAUUCGUAUGGACUCACUUCAGGAACCAUUUAUUUGGUAUGUUGACCUCUCCGCUGGAAGAAACAUUGACCCAAACAGAAGAGGACGUAACUCAUGAAGCUGUUACCGUCUUCAAGCUGAUACUACGAUUCAUGGGGGACCCACAUCUGAAUGGAACUCAAGAAAUCCUCUUUGGCAAUUACAUAGCCCAAAUAGGAUUGGCCAACUCCAACCUACGCAAUGAAAUCUUCGCUCAAAUUGCCAAUCAAGUAUGGAGAAACAUCAAUGAUAAGAAUGCAGAGAGAGGCUGGCUCUUAAUGGCUACAUGUCUCAGUAGCUUUGCUCCUUCUUCUAAGAUGGACAAGUACCUUCUGAAGUUUGUGUCCGAUCAUGGUUUCAAUGGGUUUAAGUCUGUUUGUCAGCACAAGUUAUUGCAGGCAAUGCAUAAAGCCAAGUAUGGCCCUGAGGGAGCCAGAGGUUAUCCACCCUCCCUGCUGGAGUGGACAGGCAACAAGAGGAAGGCUAACAUUGCAAUAGAGGUAUCCUGCUUUGAUGGCAAGAAUUUUCUGUGCCCUGUGAACUCAUGGACUACAGGAGAAGAACUGGGAGAAGAUCUCCUGCGGCACAGGGAUAUUACAGAAGGAUGGCGAGGUUGGACUGUGGGAAGGAAGAAUAAAGGCGAAUGGACUGAGCUUGGAGGUCAUGACUAUGUCAUGGACUUGGUGUCUGACCUGGAGCUCCCGACAGAUUUUCCAAGGCAGAAAUCCUUUUUUAUGAUUUCUUCUGAGGGAAAGACAAAAAGCCGGAAGAGUCGAAACGUCAAUUGUUUUUCAUUAUUUUAUUUCCUCUCUUUAAUAGAUUCCGAUGCCUUCAAUGAACGGCGGUCUCAAAAAGGACUUGAUCGCUAUCUUGAUAGCUUGUUUGAUCCUGUUUUAUCUUAUGAAAACGGGGUAAGGAAAGUCAGGCAAUGUUCUAUAAAGAUACGCAUCAGUCAGAUUAGAUACUUUUUUCGAACAAGUAAUAAUUUUUUGAUGAUGGAUAUGAAGAUAAUUUUCAGAAGCUAUGAUCCGCCUCAAAUAAAUGCCCAGCAGCAAGAUUUCAUUAACCAGCAAGCUUACCUUCUGGCCCAGCAAAUGACCAUGCAGGCCAUGGCUCUCCAACAGCAAAUGACAAGUGCCAGCCCCCCAGAUGCCAUGCUGAACCACAAUCCAAGCCUGAACCACAACCACAGCACUGCCAUGAAACCCACUACCAGCAACCAAAAGUCACCCAACCAGAAAAUGGGCCUUCCUCCACAGGUAGGAGCACCAAUUUUACACAGAAAAUUGAUGUGUGCAAAUGAACACUACUUCUUGGACCACACACGUUUUUUGCAUUCAUCCUUUCUCUAUAAUUCAGGAGCUUCCCAAACACCCAAACUCAAUGUUGCAACACAAGACCCCGUUCGACACAUGAUGUUGAAUUCAGGGCACCUUCCAGAGCCCACACACAACAUCAAGGACAUUAUAAAGCAAUACGAGCAGCCAGCAAUUCGCAAGCAAGCUGGACCAAUCAGGAAAGAAGGUGGUAAGAUAUUCACCAGGAGGACAGAUCCCCAUGAAGAGGCCAUGUCUAUCUUGAAAGGACAGAAAACACAGUAUGUAUCCCAGGUAAGGCAACUACCCAAAUGCAGUCGCUUUCCAGAUCUUUAUUCCACAGCAGCUGCCUUUUUUUUUAAUUUUAACAAGGAAAUGGAUUCCAUGCGACGUGAAGAUGAAAAAAAAAAUAUUAUUUCUGCCAUUUUGUACUUUGCAGCCUCAAUAUCCAGAGAGCUGACAGGAAACGAUGAGAGAAUCCAGACUCAACUACACAGGCAGCCUUGUGAAGCCUGCUACACCUACAGCAACGUGUCCUGGAAUAUCUGUGCCCGUAAAGAGGUGUUUUAUCCAAAUGAUAAUUUCCACAGUCCGGUAGUACUGGAUCUAAUUUUCAGACAGAUUAUCUAUGAUACAUUUUCUGAAACCUGUGUGAGACUGAACAAAGAGCAGCAAAUGAAGAUGAGAUCAUUACUCGCUGAAAACAACAUUCAAGCCUCGACCUUGGUGAAGGAUGAGGUUGUCAAGAGGAAGAUUGUGACAACAGCCAGAGAGUCUUGGGAUAUUUAUUUCUGCCGUCUGUUCCCUGCCUCUGGCAGCGUUGGAACUGGAGUGCAGGUUCUGGGAGUAUCCCACAAAGGAAUCAGUCUGCUGAAACUAGUGCGAAGCCGCAGUACGCCAACAGAGAAUCUGAGGGUACUCAGAAGCUACAGCUACACAGAUAUCUUGUUUGUCACCAUCCCUUCUGAAAACAUGUUGGAUUUCAACCUCACCAAUGAGAAGCUGAUUUUAUUUUCCUCCAAGGCUCCACAAAUUAAGAACAUGAUUGAUUAUUUCAUCACUGAGCUGAAGAAGGAUUCUAAUUAUGUUGUAGCAGUGAAGAGUCAUAUCACAAAUGACAGCUCCUUCCUUCGGUUCCACAAGGGAGACAUCAUCUGCCUACAAUCCUCGGAUGGUGUGGAGGAAGACCGUUGCUACGGAUGUAUAGUCAGAAAGAAAGUGAUAUACCUGGAGGAAUUAAGAAAACACAUUCCUGAUUUUGGAUGGAAGUUUGGAGCUUUCCACGGCAGGUCUGGGUUGGUUCCUCUAGAAUAUGUGCAGCCCGUGGCUGCUCCAGAUUUUAUUCACCUGAGCACAGACAAGAAGGAAGAACCAAAGGACAAGAAGGGUAAAGUGGCAGCUUCCUCGUCAGCCCUAGUGGCAGCUGCUGUGGGAUCAACGGCAGCCGCUGAGGAACUUGACAGGAAAACAGAGGUGCAGAACGGCAUUCCUUUAUUCUGUACUGUGGUUCUUGGUAAUAUUACAUUGACCAUUUCACGAUUUCAUGGAAUGCAUGACUUUGAAUCUUUUCUGCAGGCCUCCCCUCCAGAAUUUGUGGACAGUAUUCCUGAAUAUGGCAUUCAGGAUAGCCAAUACACCAUGAUAGAAUUUGCAAAGAAAUACUUCCGCCAAUCACCUAAGUUUAAAAGUGAAUCCAACAGAGAGAAAUCUAAAAAAUCAAAAGAUCAGAAGAAUCUGUCAGAGCUGGUGAAGUACACCAAGACUCCCAUACAAGAGUCCCUGAUUGAAUUCUCAGAUGAAAAUAUGAACAAGAUAGCAGCUGAGAUUUUUGUUGCUGUCAUGAAAUUCAUGGGGGAUCAUCCUUUCAAAGGUCAGACAGAACAAGACGUGAUCUACACCAUCCUUAAGCUAUGUGGCGAACAUGAGGUGAUGAAAGAUGAAACCUAUUGCCAGAUUAUCAAACAGAUUACCGACAACACCAGCUCCAAAACAGAUAGCAUCCAACGUGGCUGGAGGGUGCUUUAUAUCCUCACCGCCUAUUACAAGUGUUCUGAAGUACUUAAACCAUACCUUUUUAAAUUAAUGGAGACCGUUUGCAGAAUGCCUGGUGCCAGUUUUCAAGGAAUUGCAAAAGCUUGUCAUCAAAAUCUGAAGAAAACGUUCCAGUUUGGUGGUAGGAUCCAGUUCCCAGAUGACAUAGAGCUCAGAGCCAUGGUGGCUGGGAGAAGCUCUAAGCGGCAAGUCUUUUUGUUGCCUGGAAAUGUGGAGCGACAUCUGAAGAUAAAAACCUGCUCGGUUGCAGUAGAUGUGAUUGAAGAUUUAUGUACUGAAAUGGGUCUGCAGAACCCAGAGGCUGCAGAGGAAUAUUCUGUUUUUGUCAUCACCAACAAAGGGCAAAACGUACAGCCACUUAACAAGAAAGAUUAUAUCCUUGAUGUGGCUGCAACAACAGAACAGGUGGAUCCAAACUUUACCUUCUGCUUCCGACGAAUCCUCUGGAUUCAGCCUCUGAAAUUUGAGAAUGAAUUGUGCGUGACUGUGCACUAUAACCAGAUUGUUGCAGAUUACGUGAAGGGGCUCUUCCAUGUCCUUAGUCAGGAGAUGACCAGUGAUAGUAAACUCCAGCAAAUGUCAAAACUGGCAGCUCUACAACAUCGGGCGAAGGACGGUCUCUAUCUUCCCACCACUCGUGAGGUUCAAGAUUACGUCCCUGUGAAGGUUUACCAACAUCAGCGCCCACAAUCUUGGCUGAGUAUGGUAACUCAGAAUACCCAGCACGUCCAGGCUCUUAGCCCACAUCAGGCCAGAGCCCAGUUCCUUGGUCUUGUGAGUGCAUUCCCUAUGUUUGGAUCAUCGUUCUUCUACAUUCAGAGCAGCAGCAACAAUACAAUAGUUGCACCCUGCAUUCUAGCUGUCAAUCAAAACGGACUCAAUUUUUUGGACAAGGAGACUCAUGAGCUGAUGGUCAGUUUCACAUUGAAGGAGGUACAGUCCACACUAACCGAACGAUUGGAUCCCACGAACAGCUAUCCAUAUGUUGAGAUUAAACUUGGAGACUUGAUGUCGCAAAGAAUAAUGCAACUUCAACUUGACCAGGCUCUGGAAAUGUGCCGUGUCACAGCCAUGCACGUGGAGGCAAUGCUAUUGGCUCGAGAGAAGAGGCUGACCCUUCCCCCCAGUGAGAUUACCAUGCUGUGAGUGGCCCUGGCUGGCCAGUGGAUCUACUGGAACCUAAUAUAGGAACUGUACUCUCAUCAAUUCAACAGGCCAUAAAAUGAACACCAAGAAUAAACAUGACAUCUGUUACAUUGUAGAGAAUAAAAUAUUAAAUAUCACAGUGAAAUGUAAAAAGUCAGAUUGUAAGCUUCAAUAUAAAUAAUUGUUUUAUGAUUUUUUCAGCUCCUAAACAUUGGUACAUUGUAAAAGUGCAAUAAAUAUGACAUGUUUUUAAAAUAAUAUUUUGAAUAUAUUCAAUGCAACAAGAUUUUAUUUUGAGGUUUUACAACAUCUCCCAUCUAUUAUUAGUUGCAUAUUAACACUAAAUUUCCAUAUUUUUAUAUAAAUUAAAAGAUUUUUGGUGCUUGCAUUCGGUAAAUGUGGUAUAUUUUUAUAAAACUAGAAUUGAAUCAUCUGUUGAAUAUUUGUAUUAUGGAAUCCAGAUAAAUAACUUCUUUUUUUGUACAAUCUCUUGCAUGAACUUUAAUUACAUUGCUUUUUGAGGACACAGUGAACUUCUUCCACUUGCUUUGAGUUUUAUUUCCCAGAAAAACUAUAUUGAUAAAGGAUGAACAUCGAUAAUAUCUGCAAUGGUAAAUAUAAAUAAUGUUUUUAACAUUGCUUAAGUUUCAAAAUUCACUCCUUUGUACUCUGACAUUUUCAUUUUAAAACUGAUCUAUGCAGGUUUACUCGAUUUCCCUUAGUAAUCUCCAGUAACUACUUACAAACAAUCCUUUGCAAUAAAGAUUCAUGUAAACCAUG